AUGCCAAUUCUGAGGGCAAGCAGGCGGGCCGAACCAGACAUUUCCAAACAAGCCACGCCGGACACUUCUGCCCGCACCGCCCAGGACGACACUCCUCCUUCCCCCAGGGGGGCGCGAAGAUCCGGGCCUGCCUGGGGGGGGCUCCGGGACCUCCGGGAGCGCCAGGAUCGACGCCCUCCGCGACGUCGGAGGGCUUCCCCCGAGCCGGGCAGGCCCUCCGAGCUCUCGGCGGCGCUGGCCGAGGCGAAGCGGAGCGCCCUGCGGCUCCGCGCCACGCCCAGGGACGGCCUGGCGCAGGAGGCUGCUCGGGCUCUGGUCGGCGGACGGCCCCGGCCGGCGGCUCUUCGCCAGCAGACCCGGCCGCCAGCGGAGCAGAGGCGUGCCGUGUGCUCCGGGGGCGCGCGCCUGCCGGCCGGCGACCCGCUGGCCGGCGGCCUGUUCAGCCGAGAGGCCAACAUCGACCCCGCGGCCCUCCGGAAGGGCAUCUACGAGGCCCAGCUCUGCAGGAGGUGA